AUGGGACAAUCUAUAACAACUCCCUUGAGUCUUACUCUUGAUUAUUGGCAGGACGUCCGGAACCGGGCUGACAACCGGUCAGUGGAAUCAAAAAGAAAAGACACAGAGGAGAAACAAAAGGUUCUCUUGGAAGCUCGCAAAAAUGUGCCAGGGGACAACGGGCGCCCCACCCAACUCACAAAUUUGAUUAACGAAGCUUUUCCUUUAACCCGGCCAAACUGGGACUAUGCGACUGAAGCAGGUAGGAACCACCUACGUCUCUAUCGCCAGUUACUCAUAGCGGGUCUCCAUGGAGCAGGGCGAUGGCCCACCAAUUUGGCUCAGACCCCAAAGCUCAGGACAAGUAAAAAGAAUAGAACCAUCAAGGAGACUUUAACUAAAUUAACGCUUGAAACUGGCACUAGAGACUGGGUACAACUCCUACCCUUAGCCUUGUACCGGGCCCGAAACACCCCAGGCCCACAGGGACUAACCCCAUUUGAGAUUCUGUACGGUGCACCACCUCCCGCUGUUAACUUUUAUGAAACUGAAACCUAUGCCUCCCUCACCCCAUCUAUGCAGACUCAUUUGCAUGCUUUGCAAUUGGUCCAGAACGAGGUCUGGAAACCUCUAGCCGCAGCAUACAAAGAGGAACUUAAAACCCCCUUGCUGCCACAUCCCUUCAAGGUCGGAGAUACCGUCUGGGUACGCAGGCACCAGAGCAAGAACCUCGAACCGCGGUGGAAAGGACCCUACACUAUCCUGCUGACCACUCCUACUGCACUCAAAGUGGACAGCAUCGCUGCUUAGAUCCACGCUACCCACGUGAAGACUACACAUCCACAGGAGUCCGCAGACACCUCUCCGGAUCCAGAAUGGAAGUUGCAACGCACCCAAAAUCCGCUAAAGAUAAGACUCACUCGCUGUUGAUUUUUCUUGCUUUGUGCUGUGUCUUCCCCAUAUCAGUUAACUCCAACCAGUCUGUGAGCCAGACAUGGCAAGUAUUAUCGGGGACAAGAAAUAUAAUUUAGAAAAAAAAACAUCCGCAAAAUACCCCCUUUGGGCUUGGUGGCCUACCCUAGGGCCUGAUCUUUGUCACCUGCUGGCUGGGGCGAACAACUUUGAUAGCCCAGGUGAGUCAGAAGCGUGCGUCACCAGUGGACGCUGCGCCUAUGUAAAUCGUCCAACAGGGUGUAAAGACCCGAGAGCUCGAGCGGCUCUAAGA